AUGGAGAGGUUUUAUAAACGGAAAGCUCAAGACAUAGACACUGCCAACAAUAACAGAAAUUCAUGUCUAGAUGAUCUCAAUUGGGAAGAGGAGAUUAAAUAUGAUCCAGGCUUGAGAAAACAAAUUGAUGCUUACCAUCCUAACCAUAGAGAAAAGGUCAGAAGAAAAUAUUUGGAAAAUGGACCUUGCCAGCCUCGCACAUGUAAUUUUCCUGUGUCAGAUAUUGGAGACAAGCCAAGAAGAUUUAUCCCAGAAUGGUUUGAUGAGUUUGGAAGUUGGCUUGAAUAUAGUGAGUCAAAGGACAGAGCAUAUUGUUUUUGUUGUUUCUUAUUCAGAGAAAAGAAGGAUGCAGGAUAUGAAUCAUUUGUAGUUAAUGGUUGGAAUGGUUAUCAUAGGAAAGCAAGGCUAAAGUCACAUGUUGGUGACGUUGGUGGCUUACACUUCAAUGCAAUGAAGAAGUGCGAUGAUUUGUUACAAAGAAAGCAACACAUAGAUGUUGCUUACAAUCAGAUAAGCGAGACAGCUAAGAAAGCUUAUUUUACUCGGUUGAAUGGAUCCAUUGAUACUGCUAGGCUAUUGUUGAAGCAAGGAUUGCCUUUUCGUGGCCAUGAUGAGUCACUAGAAUCCAACAACAGAGGGAACUUCAAGGAGUUUUAUGAUUGCUUAGCACAACAUGAUCCAGAGUUACGCAAAGCGGUGAGUACAAAUGCUGCAGCUAAUAGUUGUUUGCUAGCUCCUGAAAUUCAAAGGGACAUUGUUGAAUGUUUUGCAAAUGAGAUUGUACACUCUAUCCUUGAAGAACUUGGCAAUGAUGUGUUUUGCUUGCUAGUUGAUGAGUCAAGAGAUGUUUCUUGCAAAGAACAGAUGGCUGUGGUCUUGAGAUAUGUGGACAAAUGUGGGAUCGUGAAAGAGAGGUUUGUUGGUGUUGUGCAUGUGACUGAAACAACUUCUUCUCACCUGAAGUCAUCUAUUGAUUCUCUACUUGCAAAGUUUAAACUAAGCUUAAAGCAAUGCCGAGGCCAAGGAUAUGAUGGUGCUAGCAAUAUGCGAGGUGAGUUCAAUGGCUUGCAAUCAUUGAUCAUGAGAGAAAGUAGGACAGCUUAUUAUGUGCAUUGCUUUGCUCACCAACUUCAAUUAGUCAUUGUGGCUGUCGUGAGAAAACAUAAGGGCGUAAGCAAUUUCUUAAGCAUGAUUUCUAUCUUAUUAAAUGUGGUGGGUGGAUCAGCUAAGAGACGAGAUAUGAUUAGAGAUAUUAAUCAUGAGCAAGUGACAAAGGCAUUAGGUUAUGGGCAACUUGAGACCGGGACAGGGUUAAAUCAAGAGCAAUGCCUUCAAAGACCCGGAGAUACUCGUUGGAGUUCUCAUUACAAAACUUUCAAAAGUUUAGUCAACAUGUUUCCUACAAUAGUUGAAGUGCUAAAAGCUGUUGAAAAGGAUGAAAGAGAUUGGAAAAAUAGAGAUCAAGCAUCAAAUCUUCUAGUAUACUUCAAAUCAUUUGACUUUGCCUUUUAUUUGCAUCUCAUGUUGACUACAUUAACUGCCACAAAUGUCUUGUCAUUAGCAUUGCAACGCAAGGAUCAAGACAUUGUUAAUGCCAUUGGAUGUGUGAAAUCAACUAGACUCCAUUUGAAUAAUCUUAGAAGAGAUGGGUGGGACAAAUUAUUAGAUGAAGUGAAUGAGUUUUGCAACAAGCAUGAAAUUGACCAAAUGGAAAUGGAAGAUACAUAUAUUGAUCCCCGGCAACCUAGAAAAAAAACAGGAAUUACAUACAAGCAUCACUAUGAAGUGGAUUGCUUUAAUGAUGUUAUUGAUUGGCUAGUUCAAGAGCUUGAUAGCCGCUUUAGUGAGACAAGCUCUCAAUUGCUUGUUUGCUCAGCUGCUUUCGACCCAAGGGAUCAAUUUCAUGCUUUUGAUGUGGAGACUUUGAUGAGCUUAGCAAAACUCUAUCCUGAUGAUUUUAGUUCUGAUGAGUUGAGGGAGCUUAGCCAUGAUCUUUGCCUUUACAUUGCAGAUGUGCGAGAAGAUGCUAGAUUCUCCAACAUCAACACUAUCAGUGAGCUCUCUCAAAAAAUGGUUGAGAUGAGAAAACAUCAUCGUUAUCCAUUGGUCUAUCGACUUUUGAAGCUUGUACUAGUACUGCCUGUCGCUACUGCAACAGUUGAGAGAUGCUUUUCUGGAAUGAAGAUUGUCAAAACAAGUUUGUCUAAUCGCAUGGGUGAUCAACACUUGAGUCAUAGACUUAUUUGCUAUCUAGAGAAAGAAGAAAUGAAGAAAGUAAGUAACGAGGCUGUGGUUCGUCGUUUCAUGACCAUGGAAGGAAAAGGGCGCAAAUACGAUCUCUGAUAGCCAAGGCUUGGGAUCUUCAUCAUGGUCUCCUCGAUCAAAGAUUUUGCUAUAUGGGCAUAUUUUCUUGAUGAUUUUGGCAUUCUAUCAAUGAAUACACUUCUUUUUUGUUAAAUGGUGAGUGCUAUGUUUAAACCAAAAUCUUAUCUCUAUUGCUAG